AUGAGGCUCCGUGAAGGCGAUGGCAUAAAUACGAUCACCACUAUGCUAAAACAGGAGUACAACAUCAGCGACGUGGAGACCCGCCUAAAGCUAACUUUCCGUUGGCCAUCGUGGAUGCUUCUAGUUGAUGACGGGACGACUAGACCUCAGACCAUCAAGACGGACAAAGAUAUGGACCUCUUCCUGUCCAUGAAAGUCGAUGUCGCUGACCUCCUUCUGUUCGUAACCAGAAAGAACGACGCCGGAGUUGUAACGGAAUCACCUACGCUCUCCAACAGUGCGGACUCGGAUGAUGACUCUGGUGAUAGCAGGAGACCCGACCCCUGGAACGAGAGGCUUGAUGGUUUGAUGAGUAAAAAAAUCUACAACCUAGAGGUUGGCUCCGCCUCAACAGUUCCCACCUACGCGGACGAAGAGAACACUUUCUUUGGCAUAGACUUAUCGAUGGGGGUAUUUGGCAGGGACGCAGCUCUGGUUCUGGACAAUAACAUAGAUGGAGCUCGAGAGUUUCCAAUUGUCUACAUCAUUGAGUUUGUGCGUAAAACUCUCAUGACUUGGUUCGCACUACGUCGGGAGACUGCAAAACAGGAGGCUACUAUGCUGACACCAAAGGUAAGAGAAAUCUUACAAGAAAACUUUGAGAAAUCUGGGGGAUUCGCUGUGAGGAAGGUUAACACGGGGGAAUACGAUGUUGUCGGAGGGGCAAAGGGGGGAUACCAUGUCCAGCUAGCUAUGAGAUCAUGCACUUGCAUGGAAUUCAAUUUUCUCAAAAUCCCUUGUCCCCAUGCCGUUGCUGCUGCUAUCGUUGAUCAGGUUCCGAUGCAUUCUCUCGUUGAUGUACAUUAUACCUCAUGUUAUUGGGUGAUGGCUUACAAGGAUUCCAUCAAUCCCGUUCUGGCGCUCUCUAGUCUUCACGAACUCCCAAAGGAUAUUGCUUCAAUGAACUUGCUGCCACUUCACACGAAGCGCGCACCAGGGAGGCCAAAGAAAAAACGCUUCUUCUCACGCGGAGAGUUUCAGAAGAAAGGGAUGCGAGGACAGAAUGUUUUCUCAAGAUGCAAGGCUAAGGGGCACAACAGGGCCACUUGCCGCAUGCCCAUAUAGGGGCAUGUAGAUAAAAAACCAAGUCUACCUUGCACAUUUUGGCAUAGCUCGGCACUGCGGGGACUAAAGUACAAAUGAAGAACGCGUCUUUUGGGAUUAUCUGUUCGGAUUGUGGUCGAACGACUUUGGUGACUAAAAAAGGAUGUAACCGACUCUUGUUUUUUGAGGGUUCGCAACCCCAUUCGUACUUGUAAUAUAUUAUGACCUGCCCCUCUCUUAGCAAGGGAAACAA